UUAAUUCCCAUUCAAAAGAAAUUCAGCAUGGCUGAUGGCUACGAGAAUGCAACAAGCCACCGAGCAAACAUGUACCCCAUGCGAAAGACGGGGCGAUCACAGCCUUCUAGUACCACUUUGACCUGGUCUACAUUGGGAGACCACGGCAAUAUACAUCAAGGAGAUCAAAAUAUAAACAUAGAACAAGUUCGCAAUAUUACCAACAACUAUGCCUGUCCACCACCUCAGAUUGGGAACCACCCGACAUUUGACCCUCACCAAGGUCAAUCGAGGAAACCUUGUUGGACCGUUCCGUUCGGUAGAAACAAAGACUUUGUCGGCCAUGAAGACGACUGCCAACAGACUGUUAUCAGUGGACUUGGCGGCGUUGGGAAGACCCAAAUCGCCCUUGAAGCUGCCUUUCGCGUCCGCGCCAGGUACCGAGAUUGCCAUAAUGCCUACCGUGAAAUCGGCCGGGAGUUGAACAUACAAAUUAAUGAAAACGAUAAGGCAGACAUCAAGUUGUUAGUUAAAGCAGCAUUAAGCCAAAUCUCUGAUAGCUGGCUCCUGAUUAUCGACAACGCUGACGACGCGACCCUAUUCGAAGAAACUAGCGAAGUCACAUCGUUGAGGGGUUAUCUCCCCUUUAACCUCAAAGGGUCCAUCCUUUUCACAACUCGAAAUGUCGAAGUCAGCCAAAAGUUAGCCAUCCGGAAAAACAAUAUCGUCCAUCUUACGGGGAUGAGUCAAUCAGAAGCGACCAAUAUGCUGCAGAGAGUUUUAGAUUCACAUCAAAUGAGUGAUACGCAGAGCUUAGAGAGCUUGCUUGAGUUUUUGGCCAAUUUGCCGCUUGCUAUUAAACAAGCUUCUGCAUACAUGAUAAAGACUGGGAUAGCGAUUUCUCAAUACCUUGAGUAUUGUCGUUCCAGCGACGAGGCCUUGAUUGAGCUGCGGAGCGAAAACUUUGACGAUCGAGCCCGCUAUGAGGCCACUCAAAAUCCAGUUGCUACAACAUGGUUGAUAUCAUUCAGGACCAUUUUGAGAGAUAAACCACUUGCGGCUGACUACCUGCGAUUUAUGGCUUUUCUUGCCGAGAAAGAUACUCCAAAACGUCUCUUACCACCCAGUAAUAAAUUAUACGUAUACGACGCGAUCGGGACACUAAAAGCAUACGGAUUCAUUAGCGAACGAGAGGGUGGAGAUGCAUAUGAUAUGCACAGGCUUGUCCGUCUGGUGAUGCAAAACUGGAUGAGAGAGAACAAAGGGGAGUUGCAGACACAUAUCACAAAAGUCAUGCAGCGCUUCGAUGCAGAAGUCCCUGUCCCUUUAUUUUCGAAUAAGGAUAAAUGGGCAAGAUAUUUACCACACAUGACAAUGGCGUUGAAGUUUCAAGACCACAUGUCAGACCAAAUCCUUAAGUCGUCCAUUUUAUGUAAGGCGGCGAACGGCCCCUUUAUUCUCGGAAAAUAUAGGGAUGCCAAGGAAAUGAACGAACGGGCGCUUGAUCUACAUAUCAAAGUAUUAGGUGAUGAACAUCCCAGUACUCUUGAGAUUAUGGAUAUGAGUUUGGCUAUUGCCGCUUGUGAAGACCAGCCUGCAGAAAUUGAGCAGAUAAGUAAGAGAGUGCUUGAGCUACGGAGAAAAAUAUUAGGCACUGAGCAUCCUCACACGCUUGAGAGCAUGCGCAAACUCUCAGUGGCUUUCUAUAAACAACAACAUUAUGAAGAAGCUGCGGAGAUGAGCCGGCAGGCACUUGAUUUACAUAUAAAAGUGCUAGCUCUUAGUGGACGGGGCUACGAUGAGGAGGCUGAGCAGAUAAGCCGGCAGGCACUUGAUUCACUGAUAAAAACACAAGCGUUUGAGCAACCUGUCACACUGGCGUGUAUGGCCGCCCUCUCUUUAGCUCUUUUUCACAAAGCCACUAUGAGGAGUGUGCGCAGAUAG